CGAAUUUAUUGCAAAUAUUCGAAAUGGCUGAAAUCGAUGUACUGGAUUUCAUUGAGAAAGAGGAGUGGAGCUACGAUGAAUCCACCAAAGUGAUCACAAUGCCCGAAGAGGAUUUCACACCGAAUCCGAGGGGAUUGGGUUACGCGAUGUUCGAGGGUAUGAAAAAUAACUUGAACAAAGUGGCUCAGAUCGACGCUGCUACCGGUCAAGAAGAUUUGUACUCGGAAUUCCUGCAGAGAUGCGUGAGGGUUUCUUUGGAGAUGAAGAAUCGCGGCGUGAAAGCGAGGGAUUUCAUCAGCUCUUGCUCCAGGAAUCAUCUGAACAGUUACAUCCCUUACGUCGCUUCUGCUUUUGUUGGGACGCAAUUGGCCGCAAUAGAUCCAGGUCUUUCUUUGGUGGACAAGAAAUAUUUGAUUAACGACAGUAAACCAGUUUUGAUUUUCGUGGACGAGGGAAGCGAGAGUGUUAUUAAGGAGAUCUUGAAGGAAUUGGAAUUGGAUACUAUUGUCGUUUGCUUCGAUACAGAUUUUGAAGAAUUCUUGAAGCCCAAACCGGAUGAAGAUAAGUUCGCGCCUUACGAACCUGAAGAUAUUUCAGAAACGGCCGUAGUUCUAUUCAGCAGCGGCACAACCGGAAUGCCGAAGGGCAUUUGCCUCAGCCACAAAUACAUAUUGUUUUUUAGCAGAAAUUGCAAUUUCGAAAUGACUUUAGCUUAUGCUUCGCUCUAUUACAUCUCCAUAACGAUAAUUAUGGCGGGAUCGACUAUUAACGGUACAACUAGACUAAUCUGCGAUGGAUUUAAAGAGGAUAAAACGUGGAUUUACAUUGAAAAGUACAAAGUUAAUUAUUUAUUCGUGACGCCUUAUCAGACAGUACGAUUGUACGACGCCAAACCAGAAGGUUUAGUGAGUAGCUUGUCUUUCAUGAUCAUGGCCGGACAUCAAGCAACCGCUGAAUUCCUCGAUACAAUCAGGAAAGCAAUGCCGAACACUUUAAUUUGUUACGUUUACGGACAAACUGAAUUAUCGGUAAUUGGAAAUCCUCUGCACGCUCUCAUCAAAGAUAACCCCACGUCGAUUGGGGUUCCAACGCGUGGAAUGCACUACAAGAUCGUAGAUCCUGAAACUGAGGAAGCUCUUGCUUUGACCCAAAAGGGUGAACUCAGAGUUAAGAGCCAAUGGACGAUGAACGGUUACCUUAACCGCGACAAUUCCGAGGUUUUCGACAAAGACGGGUUUUUGAAAACCGGCGACGUCGCGUAUUUCGAUGAGAACUUUUGCUUGUACAUCGUGGAUCGCGUCAAAGAAAUGUUCAAAUUCCGAGGAAUGCAUUACGUUCCAGCCAAGGUCGAAGCAAUUCUUCAGAACCAUCCGCAAAUUCAAGUAGCGACGGUCAUCGGAGUCCCGAACUUCAGGGAUGAGAACCAUGCGAUGGCCGUCGUUGUCCUUGUAAAAGGAAGCACGAUUACAGCGCAAGAGAUCGAGGAAUACGUUAAUGGGCAGGUGGAGGAGAACUUGAAAUUGAGGGCCGGAGUGGAGAUCAUCGAAGAAAUGCCGUUUACAGUGUCAGGAAAAGUGAGCAGACGGUGCCUCAAAGAGAAGUUCGUCAAAAAUGAUAUAUACCAUUAGCAUAUACAUGAUUCUACUAAUAUUUAUUUGCAAAUUAUCUUGCAGACAUAGUUAACAUCAAUUAACCAAUGUAAUUUAUGUUAAUAAAGACAAGCUAUU